AUGUUGAUAUUGUUAUGUGUUACGCUCACGAUGAGCUACAAUUUGAGAUAUCCAGCGACUGAUAAUCCCCAAACUGCAGGUAACGAGUUGUACACUCGUAGUAAGUGUACUACAUGUUGUCGUGUUAUAUUUGCGACGCCAUAUAACUACGACAACAAUCGAUUUUUCACCGAUGAUGACUAUAAGACAGACAGAGGAAGAAUCUUUGUGAUGGAUAUGGAAUUUGAUACUAUCAAUCAAGUUAGUGCUCCAGCUGGUGGAUAUGAACAGACUAUCAUGUUAAGACCUUUGGUAGAAGGACGUGAGUUACAAUACUUUGAAUUUGCAUCAUACAAAAUGUUUACUGUGUAUGUCCUCCCAAGAAGAGUCCACGAUAUUAGAAGAGGUUCUCAUGAAAAAAAUAGACUCAUUAUUUGGAGUAAGAAUCCCCCUAUUGAAGGAGCACCAGGGACGGAUAACCAGAGAUUUAUAUAUGUCCACCCUUAUGACUCCUCUUUCUAUACUUCAGCCGUCGAACAAAAUUGGAAAGAAUAUAAACAACACUUCUUCUUAAGAUAUACCACUGGAUCUAAUAAACUCUGCUACGAAAUUUGUAGAGGAAAUGACUUCCAACCAGGAACUGAUUAUUCAAGUCAAAGAGAUUGGCCGGGAGAAGAACAAAUGAGAAAUGUGGCUUACACUCACCAAAUUAAAGCUGCUUAUUGUGAUGGAGCAAGUCAAUACCAAAUGUUCAUCCCUCUUUACGCUUAA